AUGGCAAACGGAUCCGCCUUGUCCUUCGACAUUUCUUCAGGUUCCUGGUUCAAAGACAUCUCGCGAGGCUCGCGCGCGGUGAUAUAUAAGUCAAAACCAGAUUGUAGCAAGGUGCAUAGCCUGGACAGUCCUUCAGCCAGUAAGGAGGUCGGUAGAGACGCAUCAAGCACAAUGCAGGCACUGAUUCCAGUUUUCGCAAUCCUCGGCGUGGCGACAAGCGCGCAGCUGACCCUGCUGCCCUACGCCUAUCUGGCGGAUCCGCUUCCGGUGUACCAUCAGUCCCAGGACACGCGUGCCGGGGUGCACGCGUACAGUUACGCCGGCGGCCCGUCCGCGAAGGAGGAAGUCCGGGGUCUCGAUGGGGUCACGCGCGGCUCCUACAGCUACGUGGACGCAAACGGUCUCCUGCAAUCCGUCUUCUAUGUCGCCGACGAGGGUGGCUUCCGCGUCGCGGCGACGAAUCUGCCGACCGACGGCGUCCAGGAACACGUAGAGGUCGAGGAGGCGAAGCGCACGACGAGCAGCCGCAGAAAACGCAGCCUCGAGGCGGCAUCGCCGAUCGCCGAUCAAGAUCAAGCGCAGAAUCCCAAGAGUUCCCAAGAAGAUCAGGACUCGGCCGAGAGUUCCCACGAGCUUCCAGCGGCGCAGGAGAAAAAGACCGACACGAAUCGGAGCGAUCGCAGCAUCAUCGUCGCGCCUGUCUACGGACUCUCGGACUCGAUUCUGAUCCCGAGAUUGACCGGCACGGCCACUUCGAGCCAGAGCCGCGUCGAUAUUCACAAUAACGUUCGUCUGAAGGCCGUUCAACCCGUCGAGACGAUCGGAGUCCUGCCGGCGCCCGCUGCCUACGAGACGGUGAUCCUUCCGAGUCAGGUGCCUCUGGCGACGUCUCAUCAGAGUCGAGUCCAGGUGCAUAAUAAUCUCCGUGUCGAGACGCCGGAGAAGCUCAUUGUUAAGGACGCGGCGAUUCUACCGGAGGCAUCACCGGUGACUCCUGUCCAGCUCGCUUACAAAACGGUGAUCCUUCCCAGUCAGGUGCCUCUGGCGACGUCUCAUCAGAGCCGAGUCCAGGUGCAUAAUAAUCUCCGUGUCGAGACGCCGGAGAAGCUCAUCGUUAAGGACGCGGCGAUUCUACCGGAGGCAUCACCGGUGACUCCUGUCCAGCUCGCUGCUUACAAAACGGUGAUCCUUCCCAAUCAGGUGCCUCUGGCGACGUCUCAUCAGAGCCGAGUCCAGGUGCAUAAUAAUCUCCGUGUCGAGACGCCGGAGAAGCUCAUCGUUAAGGACGCGGCGAUCCUACCGGAGGUAUCACCGGUGGUCCCCGUCCAACUCGGACCGCUUCCGGUCCUACCAGCUCUUCCCGGUUACUACGAGAACCGAAUCCAGCUUCACAAGAAUAUCGGAAUAGAAGGUCCGAAUCCCAAGAACGCCGUGAAACUCGACGCGGUGCCGUUGGCGAUCGUCGAGACGCCGAUCAAGACUCCAGUUCCGGUUGUCACCAAGCAAGCCGUCCUUCCGGUCGUUCCUAAGCAAGCCGUCCUUCCGGUCGUCCCCAAGCAAGCUGUCCUUCCGGUCGUCACCAAGCAAGCCGUUCUUCCGGUCGUCACCGAGCAAGCCGCCCUUCCGGUCGUCACCAAGCAAGUCGUCCUUCCGGUCGUCACCGAGCAAGCCGCCCUUCCGGUCGUCACCAAGCAAGCCAUCCUUCCGAUCGUCACCGAGCAAGCCGCCCUUCCGGUCGCCACCGCCGUCUCCAAUCAGAGCAGGACUCAGAUUCAUCGCAACGCCAAACUCGAAGUAGCUGUGCCGAUCGUGAGCGAACCAACCGUGUACACGGUUCCCUAUUCUCAACCGAUCCCGACAGCCUGGCAGGUCCUAGCAGCUCCCCUCGCUCAAUCCUCCCAAUUUCGUAGUCAGAUUCACUUGAACGAGAAGCUCGAGCUGACGAAAUAAGGAUGUCGACCCCGUAAGGAUUUGGACACUUACAGUUAUGUGCAAAAUAAUAGCACUGGUUGAAAAAAUGAGGGGAAUUUGUAUUAUUUCCUUCACCAUCGAAAAGUGAU